CUUGAAAAUAUCUUUCUAGCCUGUCUUCAUUGAUUUUAUCUCAUUGCUUCUUAUCAGCGUUCAAUUUCUAUCACCUCUUAUCCAACAGAGAGGGAGCCUGCAAACGCUUGGCAAGGAGUGGCGACGUCUUCAUCUUCUUCUCCAUCAUCAUCUCAAAGCUUGUUUUCGUGCUGCUUUGAUUGGGUUUCUCCCUUUCUUUCAGGGCGCUCAAUGGAAUCUACUUCAGGUGCCACUGUCUGUAUCCCAGAGAAUGAGGGUACUAGGGGUGCUUUCCAAGAAAUCGCACCAUAUGCAUCUACUUCAGAGGAGCUGGAAUAUGGGGAUUUCUUGCCUACAGCAAUAGAAGCAGCAAUCCGGGGAGCUAAUCUUCAUAUAGCAAUUUUUUCAGAGCGCUAUGCAGAAUCACCUUGGUGUUUGGAAGAGCUAUCAUUAAUGGUUAAAAGUGGCGUCAAAAUUGUUCCCAUUUUCUACUAUGUAGAGCCUUCUGAUCUCAGAUAUGUUGCUCAGGGGAAAGGAAAGUACGUUGCUGCAUUUAACAAGCAUGAAAAGAAGUGUAGAUAUAAGCCAGAAAAGCUUCAGGAAUGGAAAAGGGCACUCUCUGACGUUUCAUUUUACAUUGGCCAAAUCAUAAAAAAUAAUGGUGAUGAGAUGAGGCUGUUCAAGAAUAUCGUGAAUAUUGUACUAAAAGAAAUACAGCAUGUGCCCUUAAUGGUUGCAAAGCACCCAAUAGGUCUCAAUGAAGCAGUGGAAGACUUUGAAAAUGCACUUCAACUUGUCCCAGGUGAUCAGAGUGUACAAAUUGUGGGUAUUUGGGGCAUGGGUGGUUCCGGCAAGACCACACUUGCCAAAGAAUUAUACAAUAGAAGAUCCUCAUCCAUGGAGAGGUCUUGCUUUAUUUUUGAUAUUAGAGAAGCCAAGGGUGCGUUGCAGAAGAAGCAGAGUGAACUCCUCAAAGGUCUGGGUGUGAAUGAACCAGUUGAUAAUAUAGAGCAAGGUAAGGCAAUUCUUGCAAGGCUUUUGAGAUCUUUUAGGGUUCUCAUUGUUAUGGAUGAUGUGGAUCACGUGGACCAAUUGGAUGCAUUCUUACCUGUCUAAUGAUAUCAAGAAUAUUGUCUAAUGAUAUCAAAGAGAAACUCAAAGUAAGUUAUGAUUUUCUUGAUGAUGAAGAAAAAGAGGCAUUCCUUGAUACAGCGUGUUUUUUUAUUGGAGAAGAUAGCAGUUUGGCAAUUGAAGUCUGGGAUGGAUCAGGGUGGAGUGGUCUAUACAAUUGGGAGAGACUUCUAAAUAAGUGUUUGAUAGAGGUUGACGAUAAGAAUCGAAUAAGAAUGCAUGAUCACUUAAGAGAUUUAGGAUGGGAAAUUGCAAGUGAACAUUCACCCUCACGAUAUUGGUUCUCCCAGCAGAUUAUUGAUUCUAGCAAACAAAUAGUGGUGAGGUUAAUACUUUCUUUUAUUGUUUGAACUAACAAUUGAAAGAAAACACCACUAUCAAAGAAGCUUAUUGAUUAUAUAAGUUAAAUAAUUGUUUAAAAAGAUUAGUAUUGUUUGUCCUUUUUGCAAUCUAA